CAGUCGAAUUAUACAUUUUUCGUUUUCCAGAGCUAACUGUUCUUGGUAUCAGCGGGUAUUUAUUAAGAAAUCAACAAUCAUCUUCAGAUAGUCCAGGUUCUAGGUACAUUACGAACAGGGGCGUUCCAUUUACAACACCCAAAAAUAUGGACAUGGUGCUUCAGGAAAGACGAUUAACUUCAUUUGAUGGAAUGGACCUUUUGUAUAAAGAGUUGCUUGAUCUAAGAGUAGUUGCAGAAGCAGGAUUUUACUUUACAGGCAAUGGUGACAGUGUGAGAUGCUACCAUUGCGGUGAAGGAUUUACAAACUGGACUAGAAGGGAUGAUGCUUGGGUAGAGCACGCUAGACAUGCCCCGCAUUGCAUGCAUGUUAUUCUUACUAAAGGAGAGGAAUUUGUAGAAAGGGUUAUCGGAGAUAUUCGUGGAGAAAUGAAGAGAAAUAUUCCAGUCAAUAAUGCGGAUAACAGAAAAAGACAACUGGAAUCUAUGACAGAAGACGAAAAUGCUGGUCAUGUGAACAAGAAGUUGAAAGUGUUCGGUAUCAGCGAGAAAGAGGGUGAAGAAAGAUAUCGACCAGAAGACAUUGACCAUUUCCCAACCAAUGUAACUUGUGCAAGACGAAACCAACGAUGUAAGCCUUGUAGGACGACCAUACAAGAACAGUGGAAUAUAUAAGAAGAAACUUACUAUCCCUUGGAAGGAGUAUAAGGGUACAUGAGCCAUCUUGUCGACCAAGUACUUCUAGAGAUCCAACGCAAAUUUGCAGUGUGUGCCAUCGGCGCAGAGACAUGCCAUCGUAUAUAGGCUCCAUUUGUUGCGGUGUUUGUGUUUGUGAAUCGUGCGGCGUGCGUGAUGACCACUCUCCCAUCUGUGGUAGAACAUAAACAAACAAAAAAUUAUAUUUGUAAAUUACUAUCCACAUUUUAUGUUGUUGUUUUUUUUUUACUUUUGACUAUCAAUUUUAUUUAAUUGUGCGUUCAUUAAAUUUAUUAUAGUGUGUUUUUCGUUUGGAUACUUCUAAUUCAUGUAAUAUGUAAUGCAUUAUUUGGAUUUCCUUUGUAUUAAGUACUAUUAUGACAGUUUAGUUCUGUUUGUGACGUAACUUUUGCACUUUUAUGUAUACAUGUAUACUUAUUACAGUUAUUCUCUGUUUAUGAUAUUUAAUUCCGCUUAAGCAGAAUCUGUGCUAGGGGGCGUGGAUCAAAGGUAUUUGGCCUCUUGUCAAUGAAUGGGUUCAAGCAAACUGAGCCCGGGGUAUUUAUAAUUUAUCGUACAUAAAUGGAAACAUUUAUAACGCGUAAUUUAUUAAAUCAGUUUACUUACAUGAAAUUUGUAUGCUAUUAACUUUUUAUUUCCACCAUUAAAUUUCAUUAUCUACGAGACAAAAAACCUUAUAUUGCCUACAAAUUAGUAAUAACUGAAAAGAUACCUUGUUUUUCUACUACUUUAGCUUUUUUGAAACGGAUUUAUCAUUUUGUUUAAAAUAUGUCACUGAAAAUUGCUGAAAUCACAGAUCGUUUUGAAAAUGGGCAUUUUUGCAAUAAUUAGGUAAAAUAGGAAUGUUUUAGUAGUGAGCACAGUCAAUGACCACACAAAUAAUUUGACCAUACGUCCAGUUUCUUUCCCAGAGGUUAUGGCCAUUUGUUUGGUUGUGGUCGACAGCUGUGUCCAUAUUGAAAAUUACAGAUGGAUCAAAGGUAUCUGGCCUCUUGUCCAUGAAUGGGUUCAAUCAAACCGAGCCCGGGGUAUCUACAAUUCAUUGUACAUAAAUGAAAACUUUUAUAACGUGUAAUUCAUUUAAUCAGUUUACUUACAUGCAAUUUGUAUGCUAUUAACUUUUUAUUUCCACCAUUUAAUUUCAUUAUUCGCGAGACAGUAAGCCUUAUAUGGCUUACAAAUUAGUAAUAAAUGAAAAUAUACAUUGUUUAUUCACUACUUUAGCUUUGUUAAAACGGAUUAAUGAUUGUGUUUAAAACAUGUCACUGAAAAAUUGCUGAAAUUACAGAUUGUUUUGAAAAUGGGCAUUUUUGUAAUAUUUAGGUAAAAUAGGAAUGUUUUAGUAGUGAGCACAGUCAAGGACCGUAUAAAUAAUUUUACCAUACAUCCAGUUUCUUUCCACAGAAUUAACGGCCAUUUGUUUGGUCGUGGUCGACAGCUGUGUCUAUAUUGAAAAUUACAGAUCUGUAUUUUUAAGUCGGUUAAGCACUGAAGGAUUCCCAUACCCAUAAUCUUAAAAGCAUUUUCAUUCAUUUCAGAUAUUUUUGUUAAUGAAUAAAUUAAACUAGUU